UCGCAGCUGCUGACGCCUUAUUUACGCGCAUGCGCAGUACCUACACGCACCGGUCAUCAUGGCGGCUUACAGGAUAACUCCAACCUUUCAAAGAGUUUUGCACGCAGUAAAGCACGCCUCACUCCGGCCCACAUGCUGGCUUGUCAGCCGCCAUGCCUGCUACUCCACCGUCUACGACCCCAAUGAGAAGACCUUUGAUAAGAUCCUCAUCGCGAACAGAGGAGAGAUCGCCUGCAGGGUGAUUAAAACCUGUAAGAAGAUGGGGAUCAGGACAGUGGCUGUGCACAGUGAUGUAGACUCGAGUGCGGUUCACGUGAAGAUGGCGGACGAAGCGGUGUGUGUAGGUCCAGCCCCAACCAGUAAGAGCUACCUUAACAUGGACGCCAUCAUGGACGCCAUCCGAAGCACAGGAGCACAAGCUGUCCACCCAGGCUACGGCUUCCUCUCAGAGAAUAAGGAGUUUGCUCGGAGGCUGGCAGCUGAGGGAGUCACCUUCAUCGGCCCUGACACACACGCCAUUCAGGCCAUGGGGGACAAGAUUGAAAGUAAACUCCUUGCCAAGGCAGCCAAAGUCAACACCAUUCCUGGCUUCGAUGGAGUCGUAAAGAACGCAGAGGAUGCUGUGAAGAUUGCACAAGAAAUCGGUUACCCAGUUAUGAUCAAAGCAUCAGCUGGUGGUGGAGGUAAAGGCAUGAGGAUUGCCUGGAAUGAUGAGGAGACCAGGGAAGGUUUUCGUUUUUCCUCUCAAGAGGCUGCAUCUAGUUUCGGAGAUGAUCGACUCCUUAUCGAGAAGUACAUCGAUAACCCUAGACACAUCGAGAUCCAGGUUUUGGCUGAUAAGCAUGGAAACGCUUUGUGGCUGAAUGAGAGAGAGUGCUCCAUCCAGAGACGCAACCAAAAAGUGGUAGAAGAGGCACCCAGCACAUUUCUGGACCCGGCCACUCGGCGUGCGAUGGGAGAGCAGGCCGUGUCUCUGGCUAAAGCUGUAAAAUAUUCCUCAGCAGGCACUGUUGAGUUCCUGGUCGAUUCACAGAAGAACUUUUAUUUUCUAGAGAUGAACACACGCCUGCAGGUGGAGCACCCUAUCACAGAGUGCAUUACUGGGUUAGACUUGGUGCAACAGAUGAUUCUAGUUGCUAAGGGUUAUAAGCUCCAGCACAAACAGGAAGACAUCCCUAUUAAUGGCUGGGCCUUUGAGAGCAGAGUCUACGCAGAGGAUCCAUACAAAUCCUUUGGGCUUCCCUCCAUUGGGCGACUCUCUCAGUAUGAAGAACCUGUAGACCUCGGUGGGGUGCGUGUGGACAGCGGCAUUCAAGAAGGAAGUGAAAUCAGCAUCUACUACGACCCCAUGAUCUCCAAAUUGGUCACGUACGGAGCCACGAGAGCUGAGGCGCUGAAGAAAAUGGAGGAUGCACUUGAUAAUUAUGUUAUCAGAGGUGUGACUCAUAACAUUUCUCUCUUAAGAGAAAUCAUUGUUCACCCGCGUUUCAUCUCGGGCGACAUCAGCACCAACUUCCUGCCCGAGGUUUACCCCGAAGGGUUCAAAGGUCACCCGCUGACGGCCGGUGAGCAGCGCGAGCUCCUGGCUGCAGCCUCUGCUCUCUAUGUAGCCUCUCAACUCCGUGCACAAAGGUUCCUGGGACAACAGAGAGUCUCUAUCACUGAACAGGAGAGGAAGAGCUGGGAGCUGUGUGUAGAGUUGGAUAACGGAGCUCACAUGUUGUGCGUAAGCCGCACUGGAACCAACUACAAAGUGGAGAUUGAUGGAGAGAAAGUGGAUGUGUCUGGAGAGUGGAAUCUGGCCUCUACACUCCUGCCCCUCACUAUUAAUGGCAACCACAGAGUUCUGCAGUGUCUGUCACGGAACGCUUCAGGCGAGAUCACGCUGCAGUAUUUGGGCACAUCUUUUAAGGUGCGUGUGUUGAGUAAGCUGGCAGCGUCCCUCAGUAAGCACAUGCAUGAGAAGGUUCCUGAAGACACCAGCAGCAUCCUGAGAUCUCCGAUGCCUGGGACAGUCGUGGCCGUUUCUGUUAAAGCUGGAGAUACGGUUGCAGAGGGGCAGGAGAUCUGUGUGAUUGAAGCGAUGAAGAUGCAGAACAGCAUGACCGCUGCCAAAACCGCCAAGGUUAAGUCUGUACACUGUAAAGCCGGGGAGACGGUUGGUGAGGGAGAUCUGCUGGUAGAGCUGGAGUAAACACACACCUACAUUAUGCUCUUCGACCCCAUAUACAUUCUGUGGGGACACAAACACUAAGACAUUACUAUCCUGGAGUGAACAUCCUUCAGCCUUUUUUCCCGUCUUUAUUUUUUCUUCCUGGUGAUUUUUUAUUUUUUAUUUGGAUCUAUGUGGGAUUUCAUGGUCAGAUUUCAUACAAAUACCAUGUGCCAGAUUCACUGAGCGUCAUUUGCAUCACAGAGUGUCAUCGCAGACGUUUCAUUACUGUGUCAAGUAACAGCUUGAAGAUUGUGCUACACACUCCUGCAGAGUUACUGCUAGAUUAACUAGUUCCUGUGUCAAUAUAGGUUGAGAUUGAAGGGAAAAAAGCUGAGUAAUGCUAGCAUGGUUUAGCUCAUGGAGCGAAACUGUGAUGUUGCUGAACCAGAAACUCCACCUACAGAAUGUGUUGUCCUAAUGAGAAAGGACAUAGAAAGACCCCCCCCACACACACACACUUUGUCCACUUAUCACUGAUAUACACAAUGCACCAUGGAACCCUGUUCUAAUUGUAAAUCUUUAUAAAAAUCAAUCUUUGUAUAAUAAAAGCAGGUCUUGUGUGGAAAA